CGGUCGGAACUCUUCGACGAGCAGGCACAGAGUGAGAGGAGCUCUCUCAAAAUCCGUUUGUUUUGGUUCGCAGCAAGUCGGCGGGACUCAUUCGCGAGUUUUUGCCAUUCGAUUCUUUUCCGAUCAUUACGGGAUCACCUUUCUACUACGGCCAGCAGGCCAUGACUGUCGAUCUGCCGCAGAAACUGAUGCCGCCGGACCGUCACGCGAGCAGCGAGGACCCCUCGGCCGAGGAUAAAACCAGCGGCAAAACUCUCUCUCAAAUGCCGGCUACCAUGCGGCCCAGACCCGGGGUCCCGUCUCCCAACUCGUCGGCCCCGUCAUCUUUCCUCAUUCGAGAUAUUUUGAGCGGGUCGGCCGACCAGAAGUCCGGUCAAAGAGGAUUCAGUCCACCUGUGGGGUCGAGUCCUCCGAUGAGUGGAGCACCUCCGCACCCUCUUAGCGUUCUACACCACCCUCACCAUCCUUUGCAACCCCCUCCCUUCUUCAGGCCCUUGGACAUUCGCAGGCCGAAUGGGGUAAGCCACUUCUCACCUCCUCUAGAGGACGAAGCGGAAGACGGUGGUGCAUCUUCUGAUGAAGAAGGGUCCAGAGACGUCGGAAACGACGACCAUUCCGGGUUAGAUGCUUCGAACAGUCCAGAUCCUUCUAACAGCCCUCCGUACAACCUGAAAGUUAAAAAGCAGAGAAAAGCGAGAACAGCUUUCACCGAUCACCAGCUUCAAACUUUAGAAAAGAGCUUUGAAAGACAAAAAUAUUUGAGUGUUCAGGAUCGGAUGGAACUCGCUGCCAAACUCAACCUCACAGACACACAAGUGAAGACGUGGUACCAGAACAGAAGAACAAAAUGGAAACGCCAGACGGCAGUGGGACUGGAACUCUUGGCGGAAGCCGGCAACUACGCAGCAGUGCAACGAAUGCUCCAAACCACCCCUUACUGGCUGAAUCACUACGCUGCUAACUUACCUUUCAGCAGCGUUUCUGGCAUGGACAUGUAUUAUCGCCAGGCUGCUGCAGUGGCUCUCCAGAAGCCAAUGGCCUACCGCAUGUACCCUUCAGCUCCGGCCGCCUCCAUCGGCCUUCCAGUCAACUUCUCGUCCUCCAGUGUUCCUCCUAUGGCAGGGGCUAGUGCCACUUCUCCGACAUCUCCCAUGUCUACGUCUACCAACUCAUCACUACCUCCUUAUUUCAGCAGGGAACCACCCUGCUGAAAUUGGACCACUUCUUAGGAACAAUAUCUAAUUUAUUUAAUGUGAUGAAAGAUGGUCAACAACACGUGAUCAAGGAUAGCUGCAGCAUAUAGGUGAAACCCAUUUCCAAGGUGUUAUUCCUACUGGGAUUGGGUUGGUGAGCCCCAUUCCCGAACUUGUAAAUUUCUGAUUCCAGAGUUAGUUCCUGAGAAGAUUUGUAAAAUACUAUAUUUAAAAAAUACUUAAGCGCUGCUGGACGUAACGAAGGAAAAAAGAAACCCGGUUCCUCGAUUCUCACGUAGACCUGCUGCAAUACCGAAAGUUAUAAGUCUGGAUCUCGGUUUAUUUUUUGACUUAAAAAACUGCCAAAUACGACGUUCCUUAAACUCGAUUGUAUGUAACUUUGAAUGUUUUACAGCAUACUCAUCCCUUCAUAAUGUGAAAAUAUCAUCUCGUUCUUUCGCACGUAAUACUUUCAAGCAAUACUUUUUAUUUCAUUUUGUGAUUAAUUGUGCAUGUGGUUCGGCAUUCAGAAACUUUGUUUCGAAAGACUUAUUUAAACUUUUAGAAAACCGUUGAAGAUAUUGCAAAGUAUAGUAAUAAAUUAUUAUUUGAAAAAAUAAACCAGGCGAAAAGUUUUUGACAACCGCCCUUUCUUAAAGGAAGGAAACAUAUUUUUGCAGGAAAAAUUGACGUAUGUUGGAUAAUGUUUUGAAAUGAAAACUAGAAACACUAACAGUAAUCAAGUAUAAAUAUUUCUAUAUCGCUUUCUCUUUAUUGCAAAAAGGUUAAAAAAUUUUAUGAUUAUUUUGACAAAUAUUAUUUAAAUUAGAAAAGAGAUAUGUCCCGAUUUCUUGAAUAUACUGCAAAGUUUUGAGUCUUUGCAGACAAUGAAUAUUGAGUAAAAUGUGCUCUUAAUUUUACUUAUCACAGAUAAAACAUCUUUCUCUUCAAUUCAAAAAGUUUCGAGACUGUAAAACAAGCUUUUACUUUUUAAUAUAUAAAAUUUCGUACUUUAGCUUCCUAUUGCUUAAUUUAUAACAACAGGGUAUUUAAAUCUAACACACAAAAGGUUACGAAUAAUGACUCAAAUUUUAUGUAUUCUUAGUAACGAGUUACAUGUAAAACAAUACAGACAACAUCGUUAAUACCAUUUCUUUCUUACAAUUAGCGGUGCUUCCCAACCGGAAUAGUGAUCCUAAAUGCCGUAUUGAAAGACCCGGGUUCGAACCCCGAAGAUGGAUGCUUGAGUCUGCGCGGCAUAGGGACACUCUAAAUUUGCGGCCAGCCGAAGUCCUCUCGAGAGGUUAGUGGUAGGGGAAGAGGAGUGGGAGACCUCAGAUCCGUCCCUGGAGGGGUCUCAACCAAAAUUGGGGGUGGAACUGAGCAGAGUCGUACUGUCAUUUGAAUGGCGCUCAAGGCUGUUGCCAACGACAGGCACAAUCUUUCACCCCUUGCCACGAUGAAUUUCGUUGGCUUAUUCUGAUGUUACUAUCACACAAGUGAGAUAAGUCACAACAACAAAGAGGUCAACUCUUCAUAGUUAACAUAAAAAUGCUAUAACUAAGCAAGGAAUUAAAAUCACUUUUAUGACUUAUUACAGUUAAUUUUUCUUUUAAAUUUCAUAAAAUUACACUUAAUUUAAAAUCGUUUCAAUAAAUGAAUAAAUAAGAUGUUCAGAAAAAUUAAAAAUACUCUAUAUUUUGCAAAUAGGUUUAGUUUUAGCUUUCCUACGGAGUUCUAAAUAUUUAUUAAUGAGUUUGAAAUGAAUCAAUAAUGCAAAUCAAAUAAAUAUCGAUAUAUAUCUUCUGGUCUAAUUCAUGCAUUCACUGAUUAUGUAGUAGCAUUGCGAAUUUAAAACAAAUAAACUGUAGCCAAAUACAUUAAAUGGUUUCUACAGUCCGUCAGGUUAGUAAUAUAAAAUAUCAAAUAGUUAAUCGGACUAAUAAUCUAAAAUAUUAAUCUAUUGAAUUUAAAACGAAUUUAUAAAUUUGAUUUAUCAUUUUCGGCAAAUAAAGUAUUGCAGCUCAUAUUUAAAUAUGCUUUUUAAUACUACGCACACAAUGAAUAUAUUAUUAAUAUGCAUUCAUAAGGAUUUCGGGAUAAAUCUUUCUCUUAUGGUAAGUUUUUCUCAUUGAAAACAUUUUACAUUUUUCUUCUUCAAAAAUUAAAAUUUCAUUUUUUAAUUAGAACCAAAGCGUUUAAUUAAUAUUAAAACUCAGUUUUUUAAAUAACACUUCAGUAUAUCAUGAAAAAUGAGACAGAACAUCUGGAAGUGAAUAUAAAAUUUUACGAGUUGCCUAGACACAAAUAAAUAAUUUCCGAUUUAAUCCUUUUUCAAUUUAAUAUUCUGAGUUCACUGCACGUAAACUUUAAUAACAAUUAAUCGAAAACCGAUAGUUCCAAAUUGCAAUCUUUUUUCUAUUAUUUCUUCUGAAUUUAUUUAUAAAAAUACGAAGCUAGUCUAAACAUUUUAUUUAAAGUUUUCGCUGUUAUGCGAAGUGGAUUUUAUUAAUAAAUCCACUUCGCAUACAAAAUCCACUUCGCAUACCACCGAAAUACGUCGAGGUAUUUUCUCCAUCCUUUCUGAAUGCCUUCGUGGUGUAAGGGUAGCACACUUGGCGCGUAUUCGAGAGGUCCAGGUUCGAGAUUCGGCGAGGGCAUUGCUCAUUUUUCACCUUCGCUGCUU